CCUUUGUAUCUUUUCUCUCUUUCUCUCUCUCUCCACACAGCUCUCUUCUCUCCCGCCUUUAACCUAUCAUCACCUCCACUCACACCCCCUUUCCCACCCUCCCCCCCUGUUCAUUGUAAACUUCUGUUUCUUAUUCACCCUCAACCUCAUUCUUCAUUUCCGACAUUCCCCUCUUUCAUCCUCUUUGUCACCCUCUCCGUCACUCUCUCCGCUCUCAAACCCCUUCCCAGCCCUCCAAUCUCAUAUCUCUCUGACUUCUUAAACUCUCACGCUCUUUUUCAACGCGACGUCUGGAACUCGCAAUGUCUAUCUUUGCAACCCUUGCAGCCCUUUCUCUCUCCCUAUCCUUCUCCGUACUUCCCGUCAUCGCUCAAAAUGUCACGUCCUAUGCCAUCUCGCCCGCCCCCUUCACUGACCUUUGCGUCGCCCCUUCCAGCUCAUCAGAAGGAGCUCAACUCGUCCUCACAAACUGCAACGACGAUCUCGUCGCGUGGACAUAUAGUGCUGGCUCUCUCGUCAACACGGCCACCAACAUGUGUCUCGAUCUGACAGAUGGUGGUGCCUGGAGCGGCAACAAACUGCAAGUUUGGGGAUGUUACUCGUGGAACCCAAAUCAACAAUGGGAUCUCAGCGGCGAAAACAUCAAAUGGGAUGGUCAAAAUUUGUGCAUGGAUCUCACGGACGGUGACGGCUCAGAUGGCACCGUCUUGCAGGUCUGGCAAUGCUACGAUGGAAACAGCAACCAGGAGUGGGUCUUCACUGAGAUCGAGGAAGUGGGCGAUGAUGAUGAGUGUGUGACUGCGUCGCCGUCUGGACCUACGGCUACCGCCUCCACUGCAUCAUCUUCCACCGCCUCCCCUUCAUUCAUUGCCGACGCCGUCAACGCCACGGAUCUCCUCGCCACUCCCACAGCCAGUGCAACUGCCGACUCCGCUUCCGACACUACUUCUGUCAUUGGAGGCGAGCUAUGGGGCAACGGAGGUGGAAACAAUCAUACGUCAUCCUCGUCAGCCUCCGACUCGUGGAACACUGGCGGGUCUAGUGAUUCAUGGGGCUCUUCCACCUCUGCGUCUUGGGCAUCAGCGACUGCCAGCGCCACGUUUACCUCUUCCUCUGCCUCGUCCUCAUCGACAUCCUCCUCCAGUGGCUCUGUGAGCAACUCGGGCAUCCUACAAACGUCUGGGACGAAGAUUGUGGACCCGAGUGGUAAUGAGGUCGUCCUCCGAGGUGUUAACAUUGGCGGCUGGCUCGUACUCGAGGAUUGGAUGUGUGGUAUCAAUGACAAUUCUGGAAGCGGUGAUCGAUUCGCUCAGGAUACGUUGGAAAACCGAUUCGGUGUCGACGCCACAGCCGCCCUCAUCGAAACGUGGCAAGACAAUUACAUGGUCGAAAGCGACUUUGACAAUAUUGCAGCCAUGGGCUUCAACGUCAUGCGCAUGCCGUUUUCGUACCGAACAGUCCAAUGGGCCAACGGCUCAUGGCGAGAUGACGCAUUCACCAAGAUGGACUGGGCUAUCGCGCAAGGCAAAAAGAGAGGUAUCUACUGUAUCCCUACCUUUCACAUCUGGGACUCGCAGAAGGACGACUAUUCCCUCAUUUCUGAAGACUCGGAUGGUGGACAGAGUUCACGCGACGCAGCUGGCGAGAUCUGGAAAAAAGUCGCCGCUCAUUGGAUGGGAGAAACCGCCAUUGCAGCUUACGACGCGAUCAACGAGCCCACAGGUUCAGCAGGUGAUAAACUGCAGCAAGAUCUUUACAAUGCUAUCCGUUCCGUCGACGCGAAUCGAAUCAUUAUCAUGGAGUCGAUCUCGACGGAUCCCUCGACAUACGGUUGGACGCAAGUCGUGUACAGUAUGCACGAGUACCUGAUGAUGACAGACGACGUAGGGGCAAAUCAGGCGGCGUGGUCGGGCGCUCAGGGAGAUAUUGACACGUGGAACGGAUAUCAGAUCCCCACUUAUAUCGGCGAGUUUAUGGCUCACGAGGAUACGCUCCCCUACAUGCUCGAUCAAUUGAAUAACAACCGCGUUAGUUGGAGCUUCUGGAGUUACAAAAGUGUCAACAUGGGAGGUUGGAGUGUGUACAUUUUCCCUGCCAAUCCUGUCGACGUGUCGAACGAUGACUACAACUCGAUAAUGAACGCGUGGUCAAAUUUCGGAACGCCCACACAAAACUCGGAUAUCUAUCAGACGUAUGUGAACGCUGCUGGUGGUAAUGCAAAUUUGAAGAAGAGGGAGGAGAGGUUUGUGAAAGUUAGUCAGAGAGCAGGAGCUGAGAGUGCGAGAAGAAGUUGGGGUUCACAUAGAAGAGCGGGUCGAUUUUCAAGUCACGGUCGAAGUAAAUGAUUCAAUCGAUCUGCCCAUCGGUCAUAUCAAGAACUAUCGAACGAGACAAAAAAAAAUCGACGUGUUUGAUUGCAUGAAUAAUCCUAGCGAUUAUUUUUUGAGUUUGAGUGUCGACCAGGAGUGGGUAAAGAAAGCGAACGUGAAUGAGAAGGAGAAGGAAGUGGAAGUGGAAGUCUCGGGUCAUGAGGAGGAAAAUCACAAUCAACAAAUUCGGCAUCGUUUCAUCAUACAUUAUUCUUUCUUUUUUCUCCACCGACUUUUGUCUUCUCCACUGGUGGAGAGUAAGACUGGGUCUUUAUUAGGGACAUCGGGUUUGUCUGUCAUACUACCAUGUUUUUUUUUUCUUGUGCGGUUCGAGAUCGUACUAUGUCUUAGCUGUGUUUUGCUCUCGAAGGGUAAAACAGUUAUCAUGCAUCUUUUUGUCUUUUGUG